UCGGCGCAUGUGCGAUUCUUGCCAACGACCAAUUGAGUGAUUACCGGCUGGACGGUAUCAGUCUGCUACAUAAAGCAGCUCUCUUCAGUGCACCGACGGGGCGUGAAACCGGCAUGGCGGCAACAGUGCACUUCACGAUGUUUCUACUGCUUAUGCAGCUGUCUGAAAGUAUUUUUUCCAUUCGUUCUGCGAAAAAAGCGACCAUGUUGAUAUGCGGCAUCUUCAUGGCUUUUGGAAACUUCUUGUUGUCCGGCUUCGCCUACCCACCACCGGAUAAACGGAAUCCCAAGCGAAAGAAACGACAAGACAUGGACGGUUGCUCACCAUUUUCUAAAGUGGCUGUCAGUAUUAUUUUCAAGUACCUCAGAAACACUCUCAUUCGAUCAGGAGUGGUCGCAGAAGACAUCCCGAGGCUUACUCGACGCAUUCGCUGCAGCCCACGCAGCGAGAACGAUUGCCAGAAAUUUAUCAAAAAAACCCAAAGUGUCAGCAGCGCGUACCGCUUCGUCUUCCUGGUGCUGAGGCAUGUCUGGAGGGAACUGUUCUGGUCGAAUGCUUUGACCCUUCUCUACUAUUCAUCGCUUCUACUCCGAAUUCCGCUGUUUGUCGGCCUACUGGAAGGCACCAGCAGCUUCUCCUUCUAUCAAUCUGUUGCCCUCCUGUCUACCUCAUGCAUCGCUGAAUGGCUCGUGUCAAGCCUGCAUUCUUACUUUAUUGCGCAAAACCAUGUGAAAGCACAGCUAUUGCUUCAGACUGCCGUGUUUCAGAAGGUAACAUGUCUCUUAGCCACUGCUAUUGCCGAGAAUCCUGCAGGUCACGUUGCUUCGCUCUUGGCCGCCGACAGCUGGCAAAUUUCAUUGGCCCUUUAUUACCUGCCCAACACUUUCAUGGGCGUUGUGUGUGUGGCCAUAGCACUGGGUGUACUUGGCGUUCGCAUGGGGUUCACAGCGGCGGGCGUCUGUUUCCUGUGGCUGGUUUUCAUCGCAUGUGCAUCGUUCUCUAUGGAACCAUUGCUCGACAAGUACUGCAACAUCCUUUACAGAUAUCGAGAUGAGCGACUGAAAAAGUUCAGUGAUUUUCUGUCCGUUUUUCGUCUGGUGAAGAUGUCUGCACUUGAAGACGUGUUUCGAAGUAAGCUCUGUGAACUCAGACUGAAGGAGAUAGACCAAGCGUACUGCGUCAAUGUACUGGACAGCCUCAUGGAGACUUUCAUUAGUGCAUCUACAUCUGUGAUGAUCAUUAUUGCUUUUGGAAUCGUUACGUUCAUGAACCCGGAGAAAAUAUUUAGCCCAGCUACAAUAUACUCAUGUAUGUACAUCUUGACACUGAUGGAUGUUUUCACAAAUACGAUGCCCCAUGCUGUCAGGCUGAAGAGCCCGGUUUUUCGCAGCUGUCGAAGACUAAUGUCAUUUUUUGCUAAUGAAGAAUGGAACUCUCAAGCAAUUGAAAGCACUGGAGGCCAUGAAACUGCCACUGGACAAAUUACCUUGAGUGACUGCUCCUUUUCCUGGGCAAAGGAAGACUCCAAGAGGGAUCCUCCGGUUCUUCAGAAUAUCAGCGUCAACGUGAGCAAUGGCUCCAUUGUAGGCAUCGUGGGUUCUGUAGGAAGCGGGAAGUCUUCGCUCUUGUCGGCUGUCUCCGGCGACAUGAGACGCCUGAGGGGAUCCACAGCGCUUAGAGGCACAAUUGGUGUUGUAUGUCAAAGACCUCAUGUGUUCAACAUCACCAUAAGGGACAACAUUAUCUUCGGCAGAAAGGUUGAUGAAUCGUACUACUGGGAAGUGCUGGAAGCUUGUCAAAUCAUUCGAGACAUCGAGAGUUUCCCGGCUGGCGACUUGGCUGAAGCAGGAGAGAAGGGUGAAAUGCUCAGUGGAGGUCAAAAACAGCGAGUAGCCUUAGCCCGGGCGGUCUACUCAAGAAGCGACAUUUACCUCCUCGACGAUCCCACCAGCUCUCAAGAUGCCCGUGUAGCACGCGGUGUCCUCGAGCGAGUCAUUGGGCCACGUGGUCUACUCGGAACAAAGACACGUCUCUUUGUAACCAACAACACGAGGCUACCGUUCAGUCCCGAUCAAUGGGUCCUUAUGAACGAAAGGACCGCAGUGCUCUUCGAAGAUCUGGACAAGCUGAAGCAGCACUCGGGAGCACCAAGGGAACUGUUCAAAGAAUCGAAUGGUAAACGAGUCCGCCAAAUCGAACCGGAGGAAAGGAAGGACGACGUACGAACGGUGACAGACAACGAAGCAGUAACAGUUCUUAAAGAAGAGGGUCUGUCCUCUAAUAAGGGCAAACUGGACAUUUUCAAAGCAUACAUGAAACACUCAGGCCCUUGCACAGGGCUGGCACUGCUUUGUUUUGUGUUCAGCGCCACGUUCACGGCCGGCCAGUUGGUCUGCAUCAGAGCGUGGGCGGCACUCAACACCCGUGAAAAUGACGCGAGCCACUCCAGUCACGACAUAAUAGUAUGGCUUGCCUUGACCUGCAUAGGAGAUGUGCUCUCCCGGCUGGUCGGGGGAAUUCUGCUCGCUCGGGGCACUCGGCAAUGUUCCCUCAGCCCCCACGACAAGAUGCUCAGUCACGUGGCCAGCAGCCCGCUGUCGUUUUUCGACGUCACGCCGCGCGGAAGAAUAUUGAACCGCUUUUCCGUGGACCUGGAAAUGAACGACAGUCGCGCAUUCGUCGCCAUGAAGCAGGUGUACCAAACUUUACUUGGCGUCGUUGCACGGCUCGCCGUCAUCGGAACGCAAGCAAUUAUCGUCUUUCUCCUGGCUUGUGGCGCAGAGAUUGUACUUGUCUUCAUAUUGCGCCACGUGGUCACAGCAGCAAUGAUUGGCAGGCAAUACGAAAGUACAAGACUGUCUAAGCUCCUGCAGCACCUCACGGAGACUCUGGAUUCUGUGGGGAUGAUUCGCUGCUACGGGGUAAUGGAGAAAUUUUGCGCGCGUUUCAGGCGGCUCAUCAACGACUACACAGAAGCCUUCAAUGCCUUCAUUCUGUCAUACUCUUUCGUCCGCCUCAUCGUGACCUUUUUUGGCGUGCUUGUUAUUUUCCUCGCUGUGAUCGUCGUUGUGGUGCCGAAUCAAGGGGACCCACAAUCUGCAGCCACGGUUGGACUGUCGCUUCUGUCGGCUUUGACGGUACCAUUUGCCAUGACGGGUUUCUUCAUGGUCCUAUUUUGGGCUGUUCUGGGUUUUGUGGCGCUGGAGCGUGCGCUGGAAUAUACGGAAUUGCCUAUUGAAGAGGAUACCUCAUGCAAAAUAGAGCUCCCUUCUGAUAAACUAAACAUGCCGAACGUACGACUUUUCCUGGAGCCAUACGACGGUUUGUGGCCCAGUCAGGGUGUCGUGAAAUUCGAGAACUUCAGUGCAUCCUACCAGCCUGGCGUCAUAAAAGAUACUCUAAAAAACAUCUGCUUCGAGGCAAACGCCGGAGAAAAGGUGGCUGUCCUAGGAAGAACAGGUGCUGGAAAGUCGUCACUUGUGCUAGCACUUUUGCGAAUGAUUCAAAGGACAUCCGGUGCGAUCACUAUCGACGGCACAGAUAUCUACGACGUGUCACUUAAGAGGCUCCGCUCGGCUAUAGCCAUCAUACCACAGGACCCAUCAUUGUUCUGCGGUACUCUGCGCGAAAAUUUGGAUCCUCAUGGUAGCAUGCCUGACUCAGAGCUUUGGGGUGCCUUGCAGAAAGUGGGACUCGAAGAAUUUAUGAGAAGCAACCCCAGCGGCCUGUCCUUUCUAAUAGCUGAAAAGGCAGAAAACCUAAGUGCCGGCCAGAGACAGCUGGUGUCGUUCGCUCGGGCCUUGCUUCGAGGUACAAAGAUUCUAGUGCUCGAUGAAGCCACUUCACAAAUGGACCAGGAAACAGAUCGCCGGGUGCAGGCGACUCUUCGGGAAAGCUUUUCCCAUUGUACGCUAAUCACAAUAGCACACCGCAUCGACACAAUCCUCGAUUAUGACCGAGUCGUGGUCAUGGGAGAUGGCAGAGUUAUAGAAUGUGGACACAUAUAUGACCUCCUGGCUGAUCGAGGUUCCACCUUUCGCAGCAUGGCCGCUGGUGCUGGAAUACCACUGGAAUAAUCAUCAGCAUUUC